CCCUUGCGUCUCCAACAUAAACAAAUUUUAUCUGACAUUUACAAUUUAGUGAUUAUUAUAAUGUAGAUGGGACUGGCAUGCACAAGACCUGAUAUUAACAAUGUCAUAGACUUUCCACAAAAACUAUUGUUGCUCGGGAAAAGCGGUGCAGGUAAAACAAGCUUGCUUUAUGGUUGGAAGCUAGGGUGUGAUUCUGUCAUAAAACCAAUACCUACAGAGGAUUUUAAUGUUGAGAAAAUUGAACAUAAGGGACAAAUCUACAUAGCAUGGGAUUUAAGUGGUGCUCCCUAUUACCAUCCAAGAUGGAGACAGUUUUACCAUGGAACUAAUGUGUUAGUUAUCGUCGUAGACAGUAGUGAUGCAGAUGUUAUGAAAUCACUGAGGGAAGAUGUCACCUCCAUGCUACAGGAGAGAGAUUUAGAUGACAUUCCAUGUGUACUUAUACUCAAUAAAUCUGACAUAACUGAUGAGAAACCAGAAGCAAUGGAGAAGACUAUAGACUUUCCAAGUUCACCUAAUCUUCAUGUUAUCUCCUGCUGUGCCAAAGAUGACAAAAGUUGUAAAGCUGCUUUAGAAAAAAUAUCUGAUGUGUGUAGGAAUUCAAAACGUUUAGAACAAUAGAUGAAGUUUUUCGCUAUAAUCAAAGCACAUUGUUUAUUAUAUUGAAAGAACCUUAAAAUACUCAAUGUAUAAGAUCUGUAAUUUGUCUUUUUAAUUAGUUUAUAUUUCAAAUCUAUUCAAAAAAUUAAAAAUAAGUUAAGGGCUCAUCCAGAAUAAAACACAUAUGUAAGGCCUUGGGAGGCUUUUUUUACUCCCACUUAUCAAUUUUGGAACAGCUCCCAAAUAAUAGUCAUCAAUGAGUUGUGUAUAAAUAUUAAAGCAUUUAGUGUAAUCUUUAAACUUAAAAAUAUUAUAAAAUAAAAAGAUUUGGUUAAUGGAGUUCAAAAUGAAGUCUUUUCAACAACUGAUGUAUAUUCAUCAAGAUACGUUUGUGUGUUUUUUGGUUUUUUUUGUAAGUUAGUUUUUUUUUUUAGAUUCAGGUACUGGUACUUUUUUUAAAUUAGAACUUUUGGCAGAUAAAAAUGUCUUUUGAUUGUCAUAUUUAACCCCGCCACAUUAUUUAUGUAUGUGCCUGUCCCAAGUCAGGAGCCUAUAAUUCAGUGGUUGUCUUUUGUUUAUGUGUUACAUAUUUGUUUUUCCUUCAUUUUUUUACAUUAAUAAGGCUGUUAGUUUUUCUCGUUUGAAUUGUUUCACAUUGUCUUACUGGGGCUAUUUAUAGCUGACUAUGCGGCAUUGGCUUUGCUCAUUGUUGAAGACUGUACGGUGACCUAUAAUUGUUAAUGUCUGUGUCAUUUUGGUCUUUUGUGGAUAGUUGUCUCAUUGGCAAUCAUACCACAUCUUUUUUUUAUAUAUAUAUGUUGAAGUGUAUGCAAAAGUGUUAGAAAGAAACAGGACUAAAUAUUUUGCCAGAAGUGUAGAGAUGUAGGUACAAAAGUUGUUUCAAUGCAUUGCCUAUUAAACCCUUUGGCCUAAAAAAAGUAAGAGUUGAAAAUAUGAGAAACACAAUUUUUAUCAUUUAUAGAAGAUGCCUUGGUGCAAACAUCAAAGAGACAGCAACCCAAUGACACACAUAAAAGACAACUUGAGUGAUGAUUCAUUGUCUAAUAACUUCAGUAAUCAAUUUCAAAUCUUUUAAGUUAACAAGGGUUUUGAACAUUCAGUAAUUUUUGUAAACAACUGAAACUAAAUCAAACAGUUUUGUUGAAUUUGCAAUAAUAUAUCAAUUUAAUAAAUUUCAUCCUAAGCUAAAGUAUAAAUGUUUAGUGUGGUUAAAUAUUUUAAAAACAUCAAUAAAAUUAGUCAGACCUUCAUAAUAAACAUAAAGCAUCUUAAAAAAUGUUAUUUAAAAAAAAAUCCAUAUUUAAUGAAAUAGAUUUUAAGCUUAUUGUACAAUUUUGUCUGACCAUGUGUUGCAUAUAUUUGUUUUUCACUGUAUAUUGCAAUUCAGCUUGUACUAAAAAUGUAUGAAAAGCUUUACAGUUACGCAGCAUUAACAUUAGACAAAGACUUAUUAAUAUUUUGAUAACUUAUUGAAAUCAGGUUGUAUUUUUUAUUUAAUAAUUGUUUUAUUUUACUUUUUUUACAUACAUGAUUUCAUUUAAUCUGUUUUAGUGCAGACACACAUUGUUGUAUAUUUAUAUGUGUUGUGAAAACAUUUUUAACAUUUUAUAAUAAAAUUUUAUCAGUUUCAAUUUGUGAUGCUGAAUUUCAUAAAGCCAUUAGAAAC